CUCCUUUUUUCCUAUUCUCUUUUGCUAUCUCACAAGUCCAUAUCAUAGUUUCACACACGGCAGAAAAUAUCUAGAAAUAUCGCCAUGAACAGUGCCACGAGAAUGAGAUUUCUCCUCUUGCAUCGAUUUGAGCUCAAAUUCGUGAGAUUUAUGGAACCUCGGAUGCACCAUCAGCUCGUGAAUCCAUAUAUGAGGAAGUUUCGCUGAUUUUGGAUAUUAAAAUCUGAAGAAUCGGAAGUCAACGCAGGUCUGGCACUGUUCAUUCGAAAUUUUGUCUCUUUGAUUCACGAUGAUCCAGACUUCUUUGAUGGCUAAUUUUUGGAUAUACUGAGCGGUUUGCAAUCCCCUUCCAUCCUAUGAAGUUGAAUUUCAUUAUGAAUUGAUUUUCAUUUCGAUUUGAGGGGUUUAUGGGUUACGAACUACUGUUCAUAGCGAGAACCUUGAUUAUGAAUGCUUAUGUUUUUUUCCAAGUUUUGUGGAUUCUUCCCUGCUGUUUUGAGUUCCUUUGAGAUGCAUAUGAAUGAUUUUACUUGUACGAGUUCCUAGUAUGAAUAGCUUCUGGUGUUUUUGACUCCUUUCACGGCAUAGUUUCCCAGUAUGAAUAGCUGCUGUUUUUCUUGUUUCCUGGUAAUAAUAGGCUCAUAGCUAGAGAUCUGUAGUCUUUUUAACUCCUUUCACGACAUAGUUUCCCAUAGCUUUUAAUGUUUUCAUUGUGAGGCUUCAUAUCAAACUUGUGAUAGAUUUUCCCUUCCACAAAAAGCCUUCCCUGCCCUGAUUCAGAAAAUAUGGACAUUGAAAUAAAUUCUGUUGACAUUCCCAUGGAAUAGGAUUUGGGAAUGUUUCCAGGUUCGCUACCAGCCAACCCCAUGGAUUAUGUGUGAUUUGUGUUAGGUUUACAUGCUUUGAUGUCCAAUAAACUGAUUGAUUUUGUCUGAUUUUGAAAAAAAUCGUACGGAAUUGCAGAGAUAUCAAUGUUCUGAUGACGGCAUUGAAACAGAUAAAAGAGAAAGCUCAUAAGGACGAUCGGAAGAAUAAUGAAGAGACGAUAUCUAGGUGAGUGAGUAGGGCUUGCAGUUUCUCGCGGCUCAAAUUUCAGCCAUAUGCUUAGCUGUAAUUCUGGAUUUGGUCAAUUUACAGAUUCAAACACUGAUUAUGAAGAUUGUUGUGAAUUUCAGGUUCAUAUAAUCAUAUGGAAUUGUAGAACGUAUUUGAUUGGUUCAUUUUGUGCAGUUCUUUUGACCUGCUACAGACAUGUGUUAGUAAAUUCAGCCUAGUGUUUGGGAAUAGAUCAUCCUUGGUACUCUAUUUACUUUUGUAUUUGAAGACAAUGGAAAUGAUAUUAUACUGUGGUGGAUUUUUUUCUGUAAUUUUUUUCAUCUUCCUUUGUUGCAUUUGAUUUAGGACAUGAAUAAGGACAAAAGAGCUUUGGAGAGUUUCCAUAUUGGGGAGAUCCAAAGAAAUGGUUGUUGCUAUUUCAUUGAGAUGUUCAAGACAAGGCUCCUGUUAAGAUUCUUGCCAUAUUCAUUGAUGAAGAUAAAGUGCGAGAAGCGGGGCUUGGGGAGAACUUACGAGUCCGAGUAUCUGGGAUUGAGGAAGAUGAUAUCUUAUCAGGCUUUGUUUUAUUUUAUGCAGUGUUGUAAUAAAGUGGAUGCUUUGCAAGAAAAUAUUUAAAGGUAUGCAGAUUGAGGACUCAAGUGGAUGCUUUACAAGAAAAUAUUGCUAGAGCAAGAGAUGGAUUCAAAAAUGUUAUUGAGGGGAUAAAUAACUAAAUUAGGUGUGCCAAAUGGACAAUUAGAGUGUGAUUUUAUUUAUGUAAAUAUUAAAUUAUUGGAUGUUAUUUAGACUUGGAUUUUAUGUAUUUAGAUAUUAUUUAAUAUAUUCUACAUUUUAGA